AUGUCGUACAACUUGUUUAGAAUCAACUUGAUUUUAAUGAACUGUUUUUGUAAAUUCGCUUAAAACUAUUUUAGUAACUUGGUGUUGUAAUCAAGGGUAAUAUUUUGAUAAUGGAUUAUGCGUUGAUUGUUCAUCUAAUUGUUUGACUUGUACUUAAACUAACAAAUGUGACACGUGUAAAUCAGGUUUUUAUUUACUUUCUGAUGUUCGUGAAUGUGAUUCUUGUCAAACUGGAUGCUAAACUUGUAGCCUGGUUCCAUGCUCCUGUCCUGCUCCAUUCGUAUAAAAAUAAUGCUCAAUUUGCUUUCCAAAGUAUUACCUAUCUGGUAUUAAUUGCUCCCCUUGUCCAAGUUAGUGUGCUACUUGUACUUCUAAUACUUUAUGUAAUACAUGUGAAAUCGGAAAUUACUUGGAUAAUGGAACUUGCUCCCAUUGCAAUCAAUAAUGCAGAACAUGUGCAAUGUAAAGCACUUUCUGUACUUCAUGUAAUGAAGGCAGCUAUCUUUCAAAUUUUGAAUGUCUUCCCUGUUAGAAUCCAUGUUUACUUUGCCUGAAUUAAUCAUAUAAUUGUAUUAGUUGUGUUGACAGCAAUAGAAAAGCAAAUCGUGAUUUUUAAUGUGUUUGCAAAGAUGAAUAUUAUACUGAUGGAUUAAAUUAAUGUCAGGCUUGUACAGCGCCUUGUUCAAAGUGCUUAUCAAUAGCUACUAAUUGUACAUAAUGCAUUUUUCCUUUUAUAUUAAGUUCGACACAAUAUUAAUGUGAAUGCUCCCCUGGCUAUAUUUAAGUUAGUCCUCAAAUGUGUUUGAUGUGUAUAAAACCAUGUAAAACUUGUGAAUUAAGUCAGUUUCACUGCUUAUCCUGUGUUGAUGUUAAUUAAGUAGUUAAUAGUUCAUUUCAAUGUGAAUGUAAUGCAGGUUGGAUUAUGGAUAGUUAUGGCAUCAAUUGCAUCAAAUGUUAAUUGCCAUGUAUAAAUUGUGUAGAUACGAAAAACAAAUGUGUAACCUGUUAAGAUUCAUCUCAUUAAUAACCUGAUACUUGUUAAUGUGAUCUAGGAUGGGGACAUGACUCUAAUUACUUUUGCAUACUUUGUUAACAACCAUGUUAGACUUGUUCGAUAUCUACUUCAAAAUGUUUAACAUGUGUGGAUGUUAAUCAAGAAGUUAAUUCCACUUCAUAAUGUGUUUGCAAAUCUACUUAUUAUUCUGAUAGUCUAAUGACAUGUGCAAAGUGUCAAGAUCCAUGUUAUGAAUGUAAUAUGAAUGGUUGUAUAAGCUGCAUUGAUACAACUAAAAUUCCAGAUUCCAAUCAAUAGUGUAUUUGUAAACCAGGAUACCUUUAAUCAGGCAUUUUAUGCCUUUAAUGUCAAAGCCCAUGUUCUACUUGUAUCAAUACUGUUUCUAAUUGUCUAACUUGUGUGGAUCCAAAUUAGAUUAUUGAAAAUGAAUGCUCAUGCAAAGAAGGUUUUAUAUAGAAGGGAGAUUUUUGUUGUGACAAAUAUUGCCUAGAUUGUUAAGGGAAUGGUAAUUGCAAUAGUUGUAUUAAUGGAUUCUAUCUAUCCGCAAUUAAUAGAUGUUUAGAAUGCAUUAUUAAUUGUAGUGUUUGCUUCAAUCAAAUAACUUGCGAUAAUUGUUAGGAUGGAUAUUUUUUAAAGUAAACGUCUUUAUGUGAAGCGUGUAUUCCUUUUUGUAAAACAUGUACCAAUUAAUUCAAUUGCGAUGUAUGCUUAGAUGGCUAUUAUCUACUGGAUUAGAAAUGUGAACCAUGUAAUAGCAAUUGUUUAUCUUGCAAAGAAAUACCUGAAAAAUGCCUUACUUGUAGCUUAAAUUAAGAAAUUAAUUCUAAUAGUAAAUGUAUCUGUAAAGUUGGAUAUUAUGAAUAAAAAUAGAAUUAAUGUCAUAGAUGUGAAUAUCCAUGUAAAGUAUGUCUAAAUUAAACAAUAUGUUAAGAAUGUUUCCCAUUAUCUAAGUUAUACUUAGAUUAAAAUUCUCAAUGUUCUUGCAGCCCAGGGUACUUUUGGAAUCAAAAUAGUUGUUCAUAAUGUUAUUAAUUUUGUUUAACUUGCAUUGACAAUUAUUUUAAUUGUCUAAGUUGUGAUGAUAAGCAGCAUAGAGUUUUAAAGAAUAACAAAUGUCAAUGUGCUUAAAAUUAUUUUGAAAGUGAAGAUGCAGUUUGCAUUUCAUGCUUGGGUGAAUUAGGGAAAAUUUAGGAGAGUUGCAAAUAUUAUGAUUGUAAUGAUUAAAUUUGGACAUAUGGAGAAGAAUGUGAUGAUGGAAAUGAUGUAAUUAGGGAUGGCUGCUCAAAUUGCCAAAUUGAUCAUAAUUAUUCUUGUAACAAUGAAAUACUGAAAUAAUCAAUUUGUUUUCAAUGUUCCAUUAAUUGCAUUGAAUGUGAACUAGAUACUUUGUCAUAAAAAACUUAAUGUAUUAAAUGCGAAAUUGGGUAUUUCUUGGAUAAAAAUGAUUGUGUUCAAUGUUCAGUUAAUUGUUUAGAAUGCAUUGAUUAAGCCUACAAUUGCGUAAGUUGUAAGAUUCUAAAAUAAAAGAAUCAUAAAUGUUAACCUUGUGAAUUUGGAUAUUAUGCAGAAUAGAAUAAUGGAAUUUGUUUAAAUAAAUGUGGAGACUAUAUUAAAGUAAAGGAAGAGGAAUGCGAUGAUGGCAAUAUUCUUAAAGGUGAUGGAUGUGAUGAUUAAUGUAAACUUGAAAAUAAGUAUAUCUUUGUAAAUGGUGUAAGUAUCGUUCCAGAUUAUCCAAAACCAUUAUUGUAGAGUGUAGGCACUUCUUAAGUUUACUCCGUUACUAGAUAGUUUAAAUUAUCUUAUAGUGUUCCCAUCGUUAUUACUCAUGGUUUUCAAAUUAAAGAUUACCUAACUUUUAAUUUCUCUAACGAUCUUGGUGUUUAAUAAGUGGAUCAAUCCUAUGAACUAGCUCAAGAUAUUGUAUAGAUUAAUGAGUUUAAUUAAUCUUAAUUAACUUUGAUGAUAAAAAUCAAUUUCUCAAGAAAUUCCUAAGACGAAACAUUGUUGAUCAAAUUUCUAAAUAACUCUGUGAUUUAUUCUACUAAAGGGUACUCCCAAAUAGAAAAUGAAGUCUCUUGCAUUAUACCAAAAGUGAUCUAUAUAGAUAAUACCACCAUUACUCGAGUGCAAUUAGCCACAAAGAGUAACUCAUAUAUUCUCUACUUUAUUUUGGCAAUGUGCGC